CUGCAGGAGUAACAGGGGCGGCUGACAUCUCUAGAUGGUUGGUAGGUAAGACACAUAGGCAACAGUUAGGCAACUUUAUUCCGAAACGUUUCGCCUACACAGUAGGCUUCUUCAGUCGAGUAUAGAAAGUAGGCAGGAGCAGUAGAGAUGUGAAGACGAUGUAAUCAGUCCACCACUCUUGAAGUCAUAGAUUUAGGUUGUCAGUCCCCCAGUUUGGAGAAGAGUCCUGUUCCAUAGUCUGGAACUAUCUGAAGAUCAAGCGACAGUGUGGAGACUUAUAUACUGUCGGAAGGAGAGGUGCAGAGUAGUAGUAGAGAGAAUGUAGCCACUGAGAGGUCACGUCCCUCUUAGAUCAAAUAAUUCUCACUUGAAAAAGUUGUCCAAGGUGUUUUCUCUUCUGUACCAAGAUGCCAUUGUGUUGCAGUCUGACAGAUGGUGCUCCUCAUAGAAAAAUGAGGAACACUGCAGCAGGCCUACUAGCCCAUACUAAGCAGGUCUACCUCAAACCCAAACCCGCUAACAAAAAUAUUUGCCUAAACCAUUUUCAAUGUUACCUAAGGAAUAAGGUUUGAUAGCCCUGUUAUUAACUCAUGUGCAAGUCCCACUUAAAUCCAGUGUAAUUUAUUGUAAUAUGACUUUGCAGGUUGAUGGUGGUAGUUAUAUGUGGAUGGUGGAGCGAGGCGGCAGACAUACCGUGGGAUUACAGUGAAUGGCAACCCAUUCUGGAACCCUGCCCGACCUGUCGCCAGGCGCGGGUCCUCUCGGCGGGCACUAUCAUCCAGAAAGCUCCCAUCAUCCAGUCUGAAACUAUCAUCCAGGAGGCUCCGCUCAUCCAGUCUGAGGUUAUCAGGCCAGGCCCCCUCACCCAUGUCAAGUCUGUCAAGCCUAUCAUAGGCAAGCCUGCCCUUGUGCCUGCCCGUUCCCCACCACCUUCCCUCGUGCCCCAACACAAGUCCACCGUCAUCAACGGCCAAGGUGGCUUCAUCAGUAACCAAGGUGGCCUCAGCAGUAACCAAGGUGGCCUCAUCAGCAUCCAAGGUGGCCUCAUCAGUAACCAAGGUGGCCUCAGCAGUAACCAAGGUGGCCUCAGCAGUAACCAAGGUGGCCUCAGCAGUAACCAAGGUGGCCUCAUCAACCAAGGUGGCCUCAUCAGCAACCAAGGUAGCCUCAGCAGUAACCAAGGUGGCCUCAUCAACCAAGGUGGUCUCAUCAACCAAGGUGGCCUCAUCAACCAAGGUGGUCUCAUCAACCAAGGUGGCCUCAUCAACAAAGGUGGCCUCAUCAGCAACCAAGGUGGCCUCAUCAGCAGCCAAGGUGGCCUCAUCAACCAAGGUGGCCUCAGCAGCAACCAAGGUGGCCUCAUCAACCAAGGUGGUCUCAUCAACCAAGGUGGCCUCAUCAACCAGGGUGGCCUCAGCAGCAACCAGGGUGGACGGGUGCAGUUGGUUUAUCUCCCAGAAGGCUCCAUCAGGCAGCUUAACUCCGCCAAGGCCGCCCGUAUCACACCCACAUCACCUGUGCCUCUCCACCAAGCUGGCACUGUAGAGGAUGUGCCACUUCCUCCUUCACCAGAAGCUGUCCAGAGCAUCGAGUUCUCUGACAAGCAGAAGCGGGACCACAACGGGCGUGUGGUAGCGGGUGGGGUGACCAACUCCGUGGUCAUGUCUCUGGUCACCACUCGCGAGCAGGAGAAGGAUGCCCUGGAGAAACUGCGUCUGCUGGAGGCUGCCCUCUCUGCCUCAUCAUCCCCAGGCUCUGCCCCCAAGGACGAUGGUCGCCUUCCCAGGGUGUUCAUUGCCCCGUCCAAUGUAGCUCCCCCGCCUGGUUAUGUCAAGAUCCCGCUGGUGCCUCAGGGAGGACCUGGAAACUCCAACAUCCAGAAUGGGAAGUCGCCGCUUCCUGAGACCUUUCUCACCUCCGAUGACCGCAAUCCUCCACCGGGAUUUAUCAAGUUCGGCCUUUCCGAGGGCGUGAGUCAUCUGUCACGGAGCAUCCCCGUCGUGGUGCCCAACUCACAACUGGGAUCUAACCUGGCGCUGGGUCAUCCUGCCUUCCUGCCCACAGUCACCCCAGAUCCAAGACUGAACCAUCCACCAACCUCCCUUAACUUAAACAGUGAGGACGUCCGCACGAGAAAACAUCUGCCUUUCCGUCAUCCACCUGUCCAGGUCAUCCCCAGAAGUGAACCCAAGCCUACCUCCCCAAGCCCUCUCCCUCAUCACCAGUUUCCCAGUACCACUCCUCGGCCCACCUCCACCCCUCAUUCUUUCCUUCCCCAACACUCGUCUACCAGCACCACCUCUUCACCCAGCCAACUCUUCCCACAACCUGGUCAGCCAUUCCUACAGCCUGACCAACCUUUCCCACAAUCUGGCCAACUAUUUCCACAACCUGAACAACCCUUCCCGCAGUCUGGCCAACUAUUCCCACAACCUGACCAACCCUUCCCACAACCUGGUCAGUCAUUCUCACAGCCUGAUCAACCAUUCCCACAGUCUGGCCAGCCAUUCCCACAACCUGACCACCCAUUCCCACAGUCCGGACAGAGCUCCCUCCAGCCAGGUCAGAUUAUAGCUCAUUCUAGUCAGACCUUUCCUCAGUUCGGUCAGUCACAGACCUUUCUCCGAACCAGUCAACAGGAACACCAAGUCAACCAAGCUUUCCCUCGGCCCAACCAGCUCUUCCCUCAUUCCACCCAACCUGACCUGACUUUCCCCAAACCUGGCCCAGCCUCCCUUCGACCUCGUCAGCAUUUUCUGCAGCCCAACCAAUCCUUAAACGAGCCUGAAGAACAACAGCUGGACCAGUCCUCUCCUAAACCUGAUCACACCUUCCCUCAACCCAGUCAACCCUUUCCACAGUCUAGCCAACCUUUCCACCAACCCAGCAAGCCCUUCUCACAUCCUGGCCAGUCCUUCCCGCAACAUGGUCAGCUCUUCCCACAGCCCAGUCAAACUUCCCCUAGACCUGAUCAGCUCUUCCCACAGCCCAGUCAAACUUCCCCUAGACCUGAUCACCUCUUCCCACAGCACAGCCAAACCUCCCCAAGACCUGAUCACCUCUUCCCACAGCACAGCCAAACCUCCCCUAGACCUGAUCAUCUCUUCCCACAGCACAGCCAAACCUCCCCAAGACCUGAUCACCUCUUCCCACAGCACAGCCAAACCUCCCCUAGACCUGAUCAUCUCUUCCCACAGCACAGCCAAACCUCCCCAAGACCUGAUCACCUCUUCCCACAGCACAGCCAAACCUCCCCUAGGCCUGAUCACCUCUUCCCACAACCUGACCAGCCCUUCUUACAGUCCAGUCAGCCUUUCCCACAACCUGGCCAGCCCUUCCCACAACAGGAUCAAACCUCUCCUCGACCUGAUAAACCAUUACCACAGCACGGACAACGCUUCCCACAAUCUGAAGAACGCUUCCCGCGCCCUAAAGAACACUUCCCACAGCCUGAUGAGCACUUCCCGCAGCCUGAAGAGCACUCCCCGCAGCCUGAAGAACGCUUCCCACAGCACAGACAACCAGUGGCCUCACCACGGCCAGAGCCUGACCAAAACAUCUUCAGAUCAAUACAACCCACCAUAAGGCCAGACUUCCCAGGCACUGACGAUAACUUCCGUCCCAGUCAUGACUUCCCCCCUCGCGUCAGCCAACCUAAGAGCACCUCUGCAGGUUCUCUCUUCCCUCCGUCCACCAAUCCUUCACCUGUCCCUCACCUUCACACCCCGAGACCCUUCACCACUUCAUCGGCAGCCCCACAAAUCACCACAAGUUCCACCCCACGUCCACAGUUGAUAUCUCGGCCUUCCAGACCUCACCUGCAGACCACCCCAAGAUCAGCGCCCAUUACACCUGUCCCAAAGCUGACGCCCAGGCCCGUCUUUACAACCCCUGAAGACCCUCUGAGCCUCACCACACUGACAACCACAGAGUCAAUAAGCCCUAGGCCAACCCCAGUGUCUUUCACUAGACAGUCUUCUCAGAGCCCAUUCCCGGUCACCCAUUCUCCCCAGUUCUCCCCAAGACCAAUUCCUGGAUUUUCUUUGGAAGAUUCUUCCCCAAGACCCCAGCCAGUGUCCUCUCCAAGACCUAGCCCCUUGAAUACCUUCUCACCUUUCGGCACGUCUCCAAGACCUGCUUUCCAUCAGACCAUAGACUUCCAGGCACAAAGACCACAUUUCCCAGACCUAUCAAAUACACAAGAACCACAAAUUCCAUCGCUCCAGGAACCUCAUGUUUCUUCGGUUCCAUCAUUUCAAGAAUUAGAGGCACCAACAAUUCCACCAUUUCAGAAUUCCCAACCUCUAAAUACUCCACCAUUUACAAGACCCCAGAGCUCUCAAGCCACAUUCUUCCCAACAUCUCAGACUCCACCCUUCCUAGGGCCAACUGUGCCUUUGUUCAAGGACUCUGUGCGUCCUCGCCUUCCAAGCCUCCCACCCUUCCAGCGGCCGCGAAUCACCACCAAGCCUCCGGAGGAAGAUCAGACUGUCCCAGUGUUUCAAGAAAACAAUACAGAUGACUUCACACCAGAACUGACCACCCCAGUACUCACAACACCCACUUCCACUACCUCCACUAUCAAGGUUACAACAUUUAAGCCUAAAUUCAACUUUAAUAGACGCCCAUUCAUCAGGAGAAGACCAAGGCCAGGUGAGACGAAGGAGAUUAAUAAUGAUAACAAAAAAGAUACAGCAGAUGUCACUAAAAAGGAGAGCAGUGGUCAGAAAAAGCCAGAGACUGCGACCCUCUUCCCUCCAUUUUCUGUUGCACGCACACUCAACCCCCUCCGCGUUGAAAAGGAAAACAUUGACAACAGUGAAAUUGAUGCAGGAUCGGGAGGUGUAACAGUUCCUUCCGCAGGAACCUUUGGUAGGCGCCUUCGGCCUCGAACGAGGCGUCCAAUACAUAGUACAGGUGCUGAAGAUGACCCAGAGACAGUUACUCAACCAUCUCGCUCACGGCAAAGUUCUUUGCCUGUCAACAGAGUGAGAAAUUUAAGUGGCACCAGGGCCCGCACUGUUUCCACCAACCGAGUUCGGGAACUCCCAGAAUGGCUUAAGGCUCGCCAAAGAACUCGAAGUCGCGGACAUCUAUCUGUGGCGGAUGAGGCACUUGAAGAGGACGUGCCUCUAGAUGUGCUACAAAAUAAUGGUUUUAGUGGGGCUGAAUCUACUCUUGUAGUGUUCAGUAGUCCGCCAGAAAAUGAAGUACUAAACUCCUUUAGCUCAAAAGAGGCAGAGAAGGCAAUUGAGGAGGCUGUUGACCUAAGAAAAGAGAAAGAGCCUGAAGAGGCUCUGGUGGCUACUGAAGAUACUUUAGCAGAAGAGGAUUCUGCAGAUGUUCUUCAUGAAGACAAUAUUCACAGAAUAGAAGAAAACUUGUCUACAGCAAACCAGUCGCCUCCUGAGUCCGUAAUAGCUUCAACGGAAGCUUUUAGUGACUACAACCCAGUGACCUCAUAUGAAGAUUAUGACACUACGGACAUCGAUGCUGUGCCUGAGCCCAGUGCUGUGCCUGAACCUGAUGCUGUGCCCGAGCCUGAUGGUCUUGAGGCUGUACCCGAACCUGAUGGCGUAUCCAAGCCUGAUACUGUGCUUGAGCACACUGCAGCUUCUGAGGCCACUGUUAUUCCCAAGUAUGACACAGUUGUGGAGCCUGGUGUGGUUGACUCAGAGACUGUGCCUGAGUCAGAGGUGAUCUCGGUACAUGAUGGUGCCCAGAAGACAGACUCUCAACAAUUCACAGAGUAUGUAUCAAAGCAGCCUGAGUACCUGAACGACUUUGAAGACCCAGCCCAGACACUUCACUCCCCUGACCGCCCUUUUAGGCCUGCCAUCUCACUUUCUCACUCAUGGUUUAUCCAACACACCACUAAUGCCCCCACCACCCUUAACAUCAGUGCCACCACUCCCACUUCCCUAGUUGCCAACACCUCUUCUCUCAUUGCCACCAAUGCAACCAUUACCUCAAUUACCACUACUGCCAUCCCUACUAUCCCUUCAACAACAGCUGAACGCAUUGCCAAUUCCCCAAUAUGGUUGCACACACACAAUAGCGUCUCUACAACCUUCCUUAGUGAGGAACCAACAACAAGUCACCCCAUAGAGGAGACGCUCACCCAAGUAGUAAACGGCAGAAAGAAUAAGUUAGAGCUUACAGGAGUGUCCCCAGACGAGACGAUGGACCACCCCGACACUGACUCACCAGUAGAGUAUGUAGUAGAGUGGGCGACAGAGCAGGCAAGUAGUGUUGAUGAUGAUAUUAGCAAACAUAGUAGUUUGGAUUCUGGGAAGGUUGGGGGGGAUAUUGAGAUUUGGAGAGAGGAAGGGGACUCCUCCUACCAUCUCUACAGCACCGAACCUCCAGAGGUAUUAUCACUUUUCCCUAACGACUACUUCACUGCUCUCUCCUCAGGCGAGUCACAGAACUACGACAACUAUGAGUACGACCCCUUUGACGACCGCUCUGCCCCAGGAGUGGACCAAGACUUUGGUGGCAGCAGUGCCCAGGUCGCCUUUGCUGUCCCUGUCACCGAGUACCUGUUGGAGGAGACGACCACACCAGCUAUUGAAAUUAUUGAGGAGGAGGUGACGAGUCAGGAUCCAGAUGACACCACAGAGGAAGCCCUCAGCACUGUGCCAGUGAGUGAGGUGGUAGCUGAAGACCUGGUAGAUGAGGCAACUACAGAGGGAACAACUACAGAUCCUCUGCUAUUAGAGGAAGUGACUGAGCUUGUCUCAGAACCUCCUCCACAGUAUGAAGACACAACAGAGCUGGGUGCAUUAGACGAAUACCUAGUAUUGACCACACAAGACCCAAUCACCACAUUAACCUCAGUGCAUACCACAGUUCCCACCCCCUUCACCUUGUUCAAUACUACCACUGUCACAGCUGCCUCUAUAACCACCACUACCACCAGACCUCGACCUGCCUCUAUACGACCCCUGUAUGCCCGUCUUCAGAGCAUAUCCAAAAAGACACUGGGCUCCUCUGACAAGAAAUUAUCUCGGACAGGACCCAAGAUCCUUGGAGAGUCCACCAUCACAGAAAUUCGUUCUUCUGACCCUGUCAUUUGCUUCCGUGGUUACCAGCGCUGUGUUAAGGCCAAUGGGCUAAGAAAGCGCCGAGCUGCCUUACCCUGAAGUUGUCAUGAAUCCAGCCUAGUAAUCUUAUAUUCCUGAAACCUCCACUAUACCAUCCCUUAAAUUUCUUCUGCAUUUGCCACUAAUUAAUCUUUCAUUUCACAUACAUUUCUCAUUGUACCAAUUGUCUGAAGCCUGAGUCCAGGUUCUCAAUCCCAUUGUCCCCUCAGCUCCUCCAGGGCCAGAGUGUCCCUCAGCUCCUACAGGAACAGUGUCACUCAGCUCCUCCAGGGCCAGUGUCCCUCAGUUCCUCCAGGGCCAGUGUCCCUCAGCUCCUCCAUGGUCAGUGUCCCUCAGCUCCUCCAGGGUCAGAGUGUCCCUCAGCUCCUCCAGGGUCAGAGUGUCCCUCAGCUCUUCUUGGGUCAGUGUCCCUCAGCUCCUCCAGGGUCAGAGUGUCCCUCAGCUCUUCUUGGGUCAGUGUCCCUCAGCUCCUCCAGGGUCAAAGAAUUGAAUGUUGUCUUCAUAUGAAGACAUUUUUAUAAGUCACUCCUCUUCGUCUCUUCAUCCACUCAAGCCAUUAAGGUCACAAUCAUAUUUGACAAGCCAUCAGUGUUGUUCAUUGUAUGGUAUUUCAUUAAGUUAGAUCAAGCUCUCUCAAACCGUGACAUGCCAGCUAAUGCUAGACCAAGCUGGAUAAUGCUAGAUCAGGGCAGAUCAGGCUAGGUCAGGCUAUAUGCUAGGUCAGGCUAGAUCAAGCUAUAUGCUAAAUCAGGCUAGAUCAAGCUAUAUGCUAGGUCAAGCUAUAUGCUAGGUCAAGCUAUAUGCUAGGUCAAGCUAGACAAUGCUACAUCAGGUUAGAGCUAGGUCACUUCAGGUUAAAGUUGAUCAACCAAGAAUAAAUCAGGUUAGUGUGAGUCAGUCCAUAAAAGACACUGAUAUACUGUACAGUUUAGCAGUAGUGUAGCUGUAACUCCUUUAGAGCUGAGCAGCUCCUCAGUGUUCAGUCACUUCCUUCACCAAAAUAAAUUAAUCCUCAGUUCAGGUUCUGUUUCCCUAUGCGAUGUUUCAUCCUCUCACACCCCCACCAGAGGCAGGCUGAUGCCCAGCCAGCUGGGCAUCAACCAGACUCUGGUUAAUGCCCAGUUGGCUGUGCCAACCUCUGGUUGAUGCCCAGCUGGAUGUGUCACACAAGGCACAAGAACCAGCCUCUGGCCACCCUCCUCCAUGGCCACUCAUAAUUUAUUCUCUGGUCUGGUUGUGGUCCCGGUCAGCUGGUCUGCUGGACCCCAUACCUCACUAGGCCUAAUACUUCCAUAGUCACUGUUAAGUCCUCACCCAUUAUUUAAGAUGUAUAUUUUAUAGUUUUAAG